AUGGCUUCUGUCAUGGAAGACUCCCUGAAGAGCCAGAAGUUCCACAUUGUAACUCCUUUGUUGGAGAGUUGGGCACUGUCCCAGCUGGCAAACAUGACUGUCCUCCUCAAGUAUGAGAACGUGCAACCAGCUGGAUCCUUCAAGAUCCGGGGCAUCGGGCAUUUCUGUCAGGAGGUGGCUAAGAAGGGCUGCAAACACCUGGUGUGCUCCUCAGGGGGCAAUGCAGGCAUUGCAGCUGCUUACUCCGCUAGGAAGCUGGGCAUCCCCGCCACGAUAGUGCUCCCUGAGAGCACCUCAGUGCAAGUGGUGAAGAGGCUGCAGGGAGAGGGGGCCCAGGUGCAGCUGACUGGAAAGGUCUGGGAUGACGCCAAUGUGAGGGCUCAAGAGUUGGCCAAGAGGGAUGGCUGGGUAAAUGUACCCCCAUUUGACCACCCCCUGAUAUGGGAAGGCCACGCCAGCCUGAUUCGGGAACUGAAGGCAGAGCUGGGAGCUCCGCCAGGCGCCCUGGUGCUGGCGGUAGGGGGCGGGGGACUGCUGGCUGGGGUGGCGGCUGGCCUAGCCGAGGUGGGCUGGCAGCAUGUGCCUGUGAUCGCCAUGGAGACCCGUGGGGCGCACUGCUUCAAUGCAGCCAUCGAGGCUGGUUGGCUGGUCACUCUGCCUGACAUCACCAGCGUGGCCAAGUGCCUGGGUGCGAAGACAGUGGCCAAGGGGGCUCUAGCGUGCACGAAGGAAUUCACCAUCCUGUCUGAGGUGGUGGAGGAUGUGGAGGCCGUGGAUGCUGUGCAGCGCUUCCUGGAUGAUGAACGUAUGUUGGUGGAGCCUGCCUGCGGGGCAGCCUUGGCUGCCAUCUACUCAGGUGUCCUGGGACGACUCCAGUCUGAGGGCCGCCUCAGCCCCUCACUGGCCUCGGUUGUGGUCAUCGUGUGUGGAGGCAAUAGCAUUGAUAGUCAGGGGCUCCAGGCCCUAAAAGCCCAGUUGGGAUAG